GGAUAAGCCAGAUGGGCUAAGCUGAAUAUCGCUCAGGCUAUGAAGGGAGCCCGGCCUGUGCCGAUUGAUGUCGACUCGAUUAGAGUGUGUCAGCUGGUGCUGCCGCGACGGAGCCUACUCCUUACUCACCGUGGCGUCCAGCCAUAGCAUUGCGGACUUGGAGGCUCGGCCGGAGCACUUUUCGCGUUUCGUGAUUUCUUUCAGCGAGAUGGUGACCGAGUGAGCGAACAAGAAGUUUCCAGGAGCAGCCACGUUAUAGGAUGCCGUGAUGGGCGGCGAUGCGGGUUGACCAUGGAGUCCGUCCGGGCCUUCUACGAGCACCCGCCCUCCCACGCCACCAUGCCGGCCCGGGACUAUGGCAGCGUGACACCGGGCAAGGCCAAGAAAUCCUGGGGUGACCUUCUCAAGUUCCGAUCUCGUGCCAAAGAGCGUCCGCUAGAGCCCGUGCCCGCGGCCGCCCACCCCGCUCCGACCAGCCACAACUACUUAGCAGAAUACCGACAGAAGUACGGUGCUUACAGCGGGACCGUUGGUCGAGCCAGCUACCAAUCCAUGACGGUGGUGAAGAGUGUGUCGCCGCCGCCGUUGCCGGCCGCCAAUGUGCCUCGCAGGUACCCUAGUAACGGUUACGUGAAGCAUGGGGGCUCUGGCACUGUGUCGGCUGCCACAGGGGCCACCAUGUCCUCCACAGUGCGCUAUACGGACUGGUUUGGCUCCGUAGUGAGCCGACGACCGCCAGUUCGGCCCCCACUGCCCGCCUUCACGGCUCCGACAGGCCCCGCCGCCCACCCACCGGACAAGGCCGUCGGUGUCGGAGCGUGGGACCACUAUGUGACACUGGACCCUGUCUAUGAGGCGCCCAGAGUCGUGCCUGUGCAACUCUACACCAACGUGUGUGUGUGCCCAGACCAGGCCCUCAACACCAAGGGGCGCAAGAAGAAGAAAUGCAAAAGGUGCGGGCGGAAGGUGGCCACUGUGCGCAAUGCCACCUCUAGCGUUGCCACUAAGGUGCGUCCAGCCAUUCCGCUAAGCAUGUACCAGCCUGCCCCUGCCCCGCCCCCAACCCCAGUACAUCACCCUUGGGGAUGGCAGGUCAUGGAGGAACGCGUCUACGAGCAGUAUGAGGUUAGGACCAGGCAUUACUCACGCUCGCCCGCGCGAACUUUAAGCGACGAGGACGAGUCUCCUCCGCCCACGCCCGAAACGGUGCGCAGCGUAAAGAGUGUCCGCAGUGUGAAGAGUGUGAAGAGCAGCGACAGCUCUUCCACUAUCACCCGUGAAGCACAAGAGCCGUCUCGGCCAGCCCCCCUUCCUCCAGUCAGCUCUCGCUCCCUCCCUCCUCCACCGGAGCCCCCUGUCCUUUGUGUGGCCCCGUGCAGUGCCAAAGAAAAUCACACAGAAGACCUCGAAGGCACCCGGAACUCCAUCCUGAUUGAGAAUCCCUCCGCAUACCAGCUUCUCUCUUCCCAUCGAUCCCACGUUGGCUCUGACACUGAUGAGCUCAGUGACAAUGCUGUGGACAUCUCGACCGAUCCGUGGGAGAGUGACUUUUCUCCCUCUGCCCAGGAAAGGGCUCAAGGGAAGCAAGUCAACGUUAUCACGAUUGGUGAUAAUCCAUUUACUUCUCCUUCUUUCUCAAAUGAUAACCACACCAGUCACAAGAUCAGGAUAAACACGGAUGAGGCAAAUCCUUAUAUGAACGGUGAUAUUUUACAUGUAGAUGAUAAAAAGCUGCAUACCAAUCAACUCGCAGUCACCAACAUACAACAGAGUUCUCAUAUUAAUGAAAGUAACUCAAGUGCAUACUCAAACAAUAGGAAGAUCUCGCCUUCUAGUAGUAAGGACGGUUCUACUAGCAGAAAUUCCAGCAAUAAAGUCACGUCAUCAAGUCCUCAUAAAGGGCAUUCAUCUCGUCAUAAAGAUACUUCUUCCGCUAACAAGAAAAUACAGAGCAACACUCACACAUCGUGUGUAGAUAAAAAGGCACCCUCAUCAGUCUCAAGGAAAAAACAGAUUGAAUACAAAGUUUCUGCAGCAAACGGAAUGAAUGGAGGCUCACAAGGAGAAGUGAAACAUCUCCAUGAUUCCAGGGAGCUGCAACUAGGAGGUAACUCUGUCCGAAUUGCUGGUCAACGAAUGUUAGUCCUGACGCCAGGGGCGCCUCCCCCAGACACCCGGUCAGGGUUCUCUAGCGGAGAGGAUGAUGAAGUUACUGCUGAUGAUGACACAAGCGACUACCCACAGUCCUCACCAACUACCACAAGGGGCUCUGACUGCGACACUCUCCCAGAGGAGGAAGAGGAGCUGCUACCUCUUGAUUCGUCUGGGCUUCAUUAUGGUCAACAGCAUUCUUCUCAUUCUGAUAAAUCUCUCAGUUCAAGUCUAGAUUCUUCGGAUUAUCGUUCUGAUACUAGCACUUCGCAGAGCGACCGCUGGAUGUCCACACGCGACACCAUAUAUGAAGAGGAAGAGGAAGAUCUGGAGGACCCGCCAAAGGUCCAGAAUCACAUUGAUGAUGAUGCAGAGUCAACUUUGCUUGAGGAUGAAAGCGAGAAGGAUGAGCCAAGUGUGAGUUCAUCGUCUACUACCAGCUCACCUGUACGGCAUGAGAGCUUCCACCCUACUCUGUCUGAGCUUCUUAAAGUCAAAUCAAUUUUGAAAAAACCUUCCUCUGUUGACACCAGUUCAGAGACAGACUCGGAUUUUUAUCUGCCGACGUUUAAUGAAUUUAAGCAAAACCAGCGAAAGAAGAAGCAAGUCCAGUUCAGAUCCUCUCAUGACGUCACAGUGAUAGAGGACGCUGGGGAAUCGAAGGGCCGCAAAGUGUCCUCUGUCCGCAGUCCAAAGAAAGACAGAGGGAAGGCAAAGGAGAGACAAAAGAACACUUAUAAUUUACUUGCAGAUUUACAGGACGUUUAUUCUAGAACUAUUAACCCGGUAAUUUAUAGAACUCAUUCAAAGAAUGAAUUUAGUGAUAUAAGAUUGACCGAUAUUCCAGUGGCAAAUGGUGAAUGUGACAGUGAGUAUAGAACUCCUGACUCAUUCGGUGAAGGUAUUCCAUCUCGGGAGGAACUCCUGCAAGACUCAUGCCAGGAACAGCGGCGGGGCGACAGCAACAGCGACAGCGCCGUCGCCCGGGAAGCAGAAGAAAGGAAAACUGAGCAAGAAUUCCGUGAGCAAAAAGUGGAUGCCCAGGGCUGGGCUGGUCUCCCUCGUAGUCUGAGAGACAGUCAGACCUCGGGCGUGAGCACUGCCGAAAGCUCUUCGCGCCUCCGUCUGUCGUCUUACACAAAGCCACCCACUCAAGUCAUCAAUGGCUCUACAUCAGCGGCUCCCAUACCCACACGACAGGCUCCCCUUCCUCCUAGAAAUCGCACGCUCAGUCCCCCACGCCCCAGCGUCCCCCCUCCUCCUCCUCCCACUUCUCUCUCUCCCCCAGUGUCUCUGUUGCCGCAGAAUGUCAUUCCGUCCCAGAGGCCCUUACCUUCUCCCCCUCUUUUAACACCUCCAUCUUGUCCACCCCCCCCUCCACCUCCGCCCCAGUCGCCACCACCGUCUCCUCCCCCGCCUCCUCUCCCCACGUCCCCCCCUCCAGCAUUAGACGACACCAACCAGAUGUCCAGUUUGUCGAGGAGCUCUGAGGAUCCCUCCAAAAACCCGACCUUUACUAGCUUCCGAACCGAUUCAGACCAGCAGAGUCCUUUUAAAUCUGUUAAUUCUUAUAACUCUCCUUCUUCAUCUCUCCCUAUAUCUCCUUCAGAAAUCUCACGGGGCAGUGAGGGUCUUCGGGAAGUGCUCUCACCCAUGGGAUACGUCCCAGUGUUUGGGGGCACUGAAGAAGCUCGCACAGCCACCAUUCGUGGACGUGGAGCUGCCCACGCCCGACCCACUAUUCUAGAAGCCUUUGCUCCAACUCCACCCAGUAGUGCUCUCCCUCCUUCCUCGAGUCCUCCUGUUGCCCCGCAAAGACGCAACAGAAACCGUUCGCUUAGCCCCGACGUGCCGGGAGACUCGACCAGGAGCGGACAAAGCAUUCUUGGUGGCCGAGGACGAAGGUCUUCCUUCCUCAAUAAUCUCCUCGGAGAUGAGAAUCCCUAUGAACAGAUAACUGAUCACAUCUAUGAGGAGCUGUUAUUACGCAACCAAUCCCCAAACCAUUCCUCUCUCGCGUGUCACGGCAGCUCCAGUAACAGUAACUCACCCCAUAAAUCCCCCUCUCCUGGAAAAUCAAUGUUUGAGGGAGCUUCUAAAUACGAAAUAUUAGAGUACCUCCAAGAUGCUCGUCGUAGAGUUGCCAUUUCUGCAGAUGAUGAUGAAGAAGUGAGAUUACAGGGCGAUGUUGGUCCUCCUCUACCGGUUGAGGUGGACCUGGAGGACGAGGAGGAGGAUCAGUUGGGCGUAGAGCCCCCUGAGGAUAACUUCACUGUGCUUACAUCAAGGAACAGAGGCCACAGGUCUUCUAAUAUGAGCUCGAACUCUGACUCCUCUGAAAAUAGCGGCCUCUUGAGGACAGAUAAGGAGAGGCUCGCUGCGGGUGAGGUGGAGCGGACGGACUCCGGCGUGGGCUCGGAGACCAGCAAGCCUUCGCUGGUCGUCAGGCGCGGCUACCGAGGCCACGGCGGGAUCGCCAGCGCAAAGGAGGGCGACGUUCCUUUGUGUAACGACUGCGACGCUCCCGUGGAUACUCGGGUCACGAACAGCGGUGUGGUGUACGCGCCGCUGGUCUGCCGCAGAUGCUCUCGUCGCCGUCAGGAGAGGAAAGAAAUACUGACGGAAAUCAUGGAGACGGAGAUGAAGUACGGAAGGGACCUCAGGGUCAUGGUAGACGAGUUUUACAGACCAAUUCUAGUAGCGGGGCUGCUGACUCAAGACCAGCUGGCAAGCAUCUUCCUCAAUGUGGAGGAGCUGUUGGAACACAACAGAGUCUUUUCCUUUCAGCUGCGAGAUGCCUUGGAAAUUGCCCUCGACCAGGGGGACGAGGACCUCCUCACCGUCAACGUUGCCAAACUCUUCCUGCAUGCGGCCCCUAUGCUCCAUGCCUUUGAAAAUUACUGUGUGAGACAGGGCUCGGCGUCUCUGUUACUGCAGACAUUAGAGAAGGAGAAGGAACUGCUGAGGAUAUUCCUAAAGGUGUCCCAAAUGGAGAACACAUUGCUGCGUCGUAUGAAUUUGCAUUCCUUCCUCAUGGUUCCAGUUCAGCGUGUCACAAAGUAUCCCCUACUCCUGGCGAGGCUGUACAAGACCACGCCUCCAACACAUCCUUCAAGAGAAGACUGCCGUCGGGCCAAGGAGAAAAUCGAACUUCAUUUGCAACACAUGAACGAUGAAACGAAGGACGUCAGUCCAACCAAGCUUUGGCGACGGAUCUCCAUGAGCGUCGGGAGUGGAACCCCCCUGAAGCGUUCUCCUCAACCUCACGACUAUUCUACAAACCUCAAACUCCGAAAGUUGGCCCUGGAGGUGCUGGACUGGAAUCCGGAGGAGGCCAGUGUCGUCAGGGAAGGACGGCUGUUCUGCCUUACGCCGGACUCUAACAACUGGACAAGGCGCGGACGCUCCCUCAAAAUGGCAUCAGUACAUGUGCUGCUCGUCACCCAUGGCUCGCCGAGGGCCGUGUUCGAGGAUGAAGUUCCGGAGGACGGACUUGUGACUCCGCGAGAUUUAGGAAUCAGAGACGCUGCUCUUCUUGCCUUCAAGGACCAUAAAGUGUCUAAGGCAGCGAUGAUCAGACACGACCCGUGGUUACUGAGCCAGUGCGUGGUGGCCUGGGAAGCGGAGGGCGAGGCCGAGUGCUUCGAGGUGACCGAUCUCAGCUCCAAGGAAACUUACAUUUUCAAGGGCAGCGACAGUACCAGCACUGAGGUCUGGUUCCGCCACGUGCAGUUCCAUGCGCUGGCCGUUGGCAUGUGGAAGAGGCGGCGGCCGGCCUUGGCAAAUAUUAUGAUCAAUGGCAUGGGCAGAAGCUAAAAAUAUAUAUAUUUAUAAUUUCAUAGGUGAUCUUAUAUUACUUGCAAAUGCUUUAAUCCAAAAUAUAUAUAUUAGAUAAUACACUAGAAGAAGUAUUUGCAAUCUUUUAGCUUUAGCACCAAAGUCGCCAAAAACAUACGGUGAAAGUGAAUGAGCAGUCGGCCUCCUGCGCUAAGAAUUCUCUUGUGGAACAGCGAAACUCUGAAUCGAUGAAUGAAGAGUGAUCUUGCACAAGUGCACACUCUUGAAGUGAAACAUUCCUUUACAAAUUUCAGAUAACUUAAUUUAUGAAUUAACAAGUGUGCAAACAGGUGUCUGGGAAUGGUGAUUUAAAUGAAACGAACGUACUAAAAUACCUCUUGUAUAACACAAACAGGAAGCCGAUGUUUUUGGACACCGACUCUAAUGUCCCUAGUGCAAACCUAUGUGUAAGAGUGUCUCGCUGUGGACCCUUUCGAACAUCCAGAAGUUGAAAAUAUCGUAGGUGAAGUAAAACCAAAUAAUUAAGAAACAUUCCUAUUAGUAUAGUGAGAUGAUAAUAUUUAUCCCUGUGAUGCAACAAGUCACACAGUCUUCGUAUUUUCAUAUGGAACAGAUGUCUUGUAGAUCUAGCGUUAGAAGAUGCUGCUUCUCGGCUGGCUCAACCAGGUGCAGAUGUGCCAAAUCGAUCCUCCAGCGUUUUCCGUCUGAAGAACUGGUCUGAGAUUUCAUGGAGACUUCAGUAUCUCAUUCUGUCUUGUCUCUUCUUCCAUCUCUCGCGUUUGGUAAUAAAUAAAUAAUUAUUUCUCUACAUGGCAUAUGGUUAGAUGUACAUGAUUCUGUAUUUUCUGAUAAAGAUGUAAUAUUUUUUUUAGAUGCCUUUGUUAACGUUUUGAUAUUAUAAAUGUCUGAUGGAUCAAUGUAUCUAAAUUAAGCUAAGGAAAAUCUAGAUAUGUUGACAAAUGGAAACCUUGAAACAAAAAAACAAAACAAAAACAAAAAAAAGACGUAUUGAAAAUUUAAUUCAUGGGAAGUGUCUACCAACUUUUUCAUCCAAAAGUAAUGUCUGUUCAUAAAAGAGUUCCUUGUGCAGUUUCGCUGAAUCCUCUAAAAUUCAUCUUCAUUAUGUGAACCUUAUAUCUUCGCAUUGUUUUUCUAUAUCAGGGCACACACACAGAUAUAUGAUACGGUUUUCUGUAGUACUAUCAAUACUAUCUUAUAUAUUUGAUUUCCGAAAUGACAAACGAUACAACUUUUCCUGAUGUAAUGGAGCAUUUAAAAGCAUUUACUUUUUUUCUUUUUGAGAACGGAAAAACAUCUGUCACAAUUUUAUUUAUCUGUUUUCAGUAUCUUUCCAAAAUUAAAUUAACUGCACAUACACACCCAUCCAUCGACCUACCCACCCAUUCACGUACGCACCACACACACACACACACACACACACACACACACACACACACACACACACACACACACACACACACACACAUACACACACACACCCACACACACACACACACACACACACACACACACACACACACACACACACACACACACACACACACACACACACACACACACACACACACACACACACGUGCGCAUAGACACUCACGCAUUCCUUCGUUUAGGACUCGCACGACAUACGCUGCAACUGCUGCUAAAAACCUGACUAGCAGCUUGAAUAUCUCACAUGCUAGCUGCUUUAGGCUCCCUUCUUUGCUUUUAUAUUUGCUUAUUUUUUCGAGGUCUCUUAUUAACAAUUACUCAGAUAUUGUAUUUAAUGAUACAGUUCAUCUGUACCAUUCGUCUUCAUUUAUUCAUCUGGUUCUAGUUAUAACCGUUUUAUGUGAUUUGUUACAAAUAACAUUGUAUUUGUAUAAUGAAUGUAUAUAGGGCUGUACACGGAUAAAAUUGUAUAUAUCGAAUUAUUCUGUAUUUAAUGUAUCAUUAAUAAACAGAUACAACAGGGAAAC